CAGAGAGGGCGCAGAUUCAGAGUAGGUCCUAGAAGCAGAGACACUUCCCCCUUUAUUUUAUUGUCUCCCUCGUUAUCCACAAGCUGAAAAUUAUUCAUCUCAAGAGUGACGAGUAAAAGUCAGGCUGCGAGUGUGAAAUCAGUCGGUGGGCGCAGCGCCUGCGGAGUAUUUUGUUGUUUUCUGAGUUUUGGUGGAGGUCGUUCCCUGAACUCAGCUGCUGCUUUCGGAGGUCAGUUUGGAUUAUUCAGUGGACGCGUGUUGUAUAGAGCACAAUUCACUAAACACAGAGUUUAUCCCAAAGUUUGGACUGCUGUCACAGCGCACUUCUCUCUGUCUUUUAGGUAUGCCUUUGGUCGUCAGUGUGACUCCCGACAGGUAACCAGGUGUGUUGCUGCUGUCAUGGCCUUGAUGACCCUGCGAGCGUUUCCUGUCACUGUGGUCACCGCACUGAUAGUGCUUGUGUCAUCUUCAGAGGAGCACGAGUGGCAUUUUGAUCCAGCUCAGUGUCGUUACGCCCUGGGGAUGGAGGAUGGCGCCAUCCCAGAUUCUGACAUCACUGCCUCCAGCGCCUGGUCCGACUCCACAGAGGCAAAACAUGGAAGGUUGAGUACUGGAGAGGGGGAUGGAGCGUGGUGUCCAUUAGGCUCCGUCUUCCCCAGCGGAUCAGAGUACCUCCAGAUUGACCUGCACAGACUCCACUUCCUGGCUCUGGUUGGUACUCAGGGUCGCCACGCUGAUGGGCACGGCCAAGAGUUCGCCCGCAGUUACCGGCUCCGCUACUCGCGAGAUGGCGAGAAAUGGAUCACCUGGAAAGACCGCUGGGGCCAAGAUGUGGUGUCUGGUAAUGAGAACACCUACGAUGUUGUGCUGAAAGACCUUGGACCUCCCAUUGUGGCUCGCAUGGUGCGAUUCUACCCACUCGCUGACCGGGUUAUGAGUGUUUGCCUUCGAGUGGAGCUCUAUGGUUGCCUUUGGAACGACGGGUUGAAGGCUUACACAGCUCCAGUGGGUCAUGUCAUGCAAUUGUCCACCAUGUCUGUGUAUCUGAACGACUCCACCUAUGAUGGGAGCACAGAACAAGGAAUACAGUUUGGAGGCCUGGGUCAGCUGUGUGAUGGUGUCCUGGGAGGAGAUGACUUCAUAAAGACUAAGGAGAUGAGGGUGUGGCCUGGUUAUGACUACCUAGGCUGGAGCCGGGAAGCUCUCGGGCAAGGCAGCGUGGAUAUUGAGUUCGACUUUGAGAAACCACGAGUCUUCCACCACAUGCAGGUGCACAGUAAUAACCGUCACACACAGGGUGUGAGAGUUUUCAGCAAAGUGGAGUGUCUUUUUAAGCCCAGCAUCCUCCAGCCAUGGUCCUCUCCUGCCCUCACCCUGCCUGUGCCCCUCGAGGAUCUAAAGGACCCCUCGUCGCGACCCAUCUCUCUCCCACUGGGCGGCCGGCCAGCUCAGAUCCUUCGCUGCAAAUUCUACUUUGCAGACCACUGGCUGCUCAUCAGCGAGAUAUCUUUCCUCUCUGAGCCAUUUGAGGAGGAUGUUACAGACAAGGAUUCAUUUCCUCCAAAUAUUCCAAAGAUUCCUGACACCAGCUCCUCUCCUUCUCCUGUUAAUGUCACCUCUCCUGCUUCCACAUCGAGCCGCAGCACCUUCAAUUCCACUACCAGGCCUUCUGAAUCCCCCACCACCACCGCCUUCAUGAUGGACACCACUGGUAACUGGACGCUUUCAGGGCCUGCAUUUGCUGCUGUUACUCCAAGGGCGGGGCUUCCCGUAGCUAAAGAUGACAGCAGUAAUACAGCUAUUCUGAUUGGCUGCCUGGUGGGCAUCAUCCUUCUGCUGCUGGCUGUGAUAGUUGUCAUUCUUUGGAGGCAGUACUGGAAAAAGUUAUUAGGCAAGGCCCAAGGCAGUCUGUCCAGCGAUGAGCUGCGAGUUCACCUGUCGGUCCCCUCGGACAACGUGGUCAUCAACAACACACACAGCUACUCGAGUCGCUACCAGCGCAUCCACACUUUUCCGGAUGACCGCGACCACGACAGAGAGGCAGAAGGGGAGUAUCAGGAGCCCAGCGCUCUGCUCCGGCCCCGAGAUCACAGAGACAGCACAGCCUUGCUGUUAAACAACCCAGCCCAUUACCUGCUUCUACCAGAUCACAGAAAAGGCUCGAGAGCGUUAGUCGUCCCCAGCUCCACACAGGUUCGGGAAAAGAGCCUCAAUGUGCCCCAGGCUUGUGGUUUGGACUUCGACAUGGAGAAAGGUUUUCCCCCGGCGCAGGAGGAGCCUCCUCCCUAUCCUGGAUCCCCUCCUUACCCUUCUCUGUCUCCACCCGUGUCUCCCCCACUGCCCCCCAGCGUCCCUCACUAUGCUGAGGCAGACAUCGUGAGUCUACAAGGUGUCAGUGGCAACAACACCUACGCCGUACCUGCCUUGGCCUCUUCAAGCCCCGGGGCUGAUGCUGCCCCGCUGCCAGAGCUGCCGCGCCAGUGUCUCAUCUUCAAGGAGAAGCUCGGAGAGGGACAGUUUGGAGAGGUGCACCUAUGUGAAAUCGAGAACCCUCAGGACCUUCCUACCUUGGAGUUUCCCUUCAAUGUGAGAAAAGGUCGCCCCCUUCUGGUAGCUGUGAAGAUACUGCGCCCAGACGCCUCCAAGAAUGCCAGGAACGACUUCCUGAAAGAGGUGAAGAUCCUGUCUCGCUUGAAGGACCCGAACAUAAUCCGGCUGCUGGGAGUGUGCGUGAGCAGUGAUCCCCUCUGCAUGGUCACUGAAUACAUGGAGUGUGGAGACUUGAACCAGUAUCUGUCCCAACGAGUGCUUCUGGACAAGAGCGGGCCUUCACACAAUACACCAACCAUCAGUUACCCAGCCCUCAUCUCCAUGGCCAGCCAGAUUGCUUCAGGAAUGAAGUUCCUCUCCUCGCUUAACUUUGUGCACCGAGAUCUGGCCACACGUAACUGUCUGGUUGGGGGUGAGAGGGGUGAGAGCGGAGAGGAUCAAGGCGGAGAACGUCACAUCAAGAUAGCCGACUUCGGCAUGAGCAGGAACUUGUACGCUGGAGACUACUACAGGAUCCAGGGCAGAGCCGUGCUGCCGAUACGUUGGAUGGCCUGGGAGUGCAUACUCAUGGGUAAGUUCACCACGGCAAGCGACGCGUGGGCGUUCGGAGUCACUCUGUGGGAGAUGCUGAGCGUUUGUCAGGAGCAGCCGUACUCCACCCUCACAGAUGAACAAGUCAUCGACAAUGCUGGGGAGUUCUUCAGAGACCAGGGCAGACAGGUGUAUCUGAGCAGGCCAGCCGUGUGUCCUCAGGGUCUCUACGAGCUCAUGUUGAGUUGCUGGAACAGAGACUGCAAGCUCCGCCCAUCCUUUGCUUACAUCCACUCCUUUCUCACUGAGGAUGCCAUGAACAUGGUGUGAAGCAGAGGAACGGAACAAGAGGAAAAGGCUCGUGCGUUCAUGCAUACGUCCCACAGUGGGACGGUGUGGUGGUGGCUGCACACACGGGGCAGAUGAAAAGGGAGACUGGGUUGCUUGCUUUUAUAUUUUGUUCUUUUGGGUGGAUGGAGCUGAGAGACCGCUGGUUCGGUUUUAUUUCCACAUCAGACCCCAAAGACAAGGGUAACUUCUUCUUAAGAUAGUUUGAGCUACAUUUCUUGUGGGUGGUGGUGGUGGUGGUGGGUGCAGUCUGCAUAGGAUCUUAUUUCUUCUCAGAUAAACAAUCAUGGAGGGGUUGUGACUGGUGAUUAUGUGCUGCAGAGUUAAGGAGCUCAAUUACAGGAAAAAGUAGGAAAUCAGGGCACGACGGUUAUAAAGUUUAAUGAUUGUCUUUUUUUCAGCAUCUCAAAUGUUACUUGCAAGAUAACAGGUGAACAUGUGACCUCUCACACGGCACACAAAGUUUGAAGAGAACACCUGUCGUCCAGAGAAGAAAUGGCACACACACACACACACACACACACACACACACACACACACACACACACACACACACACACACACACACACACACACACACACACAGGGAUUGUGCCGGUGCUUAUAGUAUGUAUAGUCUACUGCACACAUUAUAAUCAGUACGAUUACUCAAAGACACAGCUCCACUGGCCCAGUUAAGCUCCAUCAGACACAAUCAAGUGUAAGGAAAGAUCUCAGACAUGCCUGAUGCAAGCUGGAAUCUGAGUGAUGAAUUUUAUUUUUAUCUCAGCCCCUUAUCCAUGCAUAGUGACCCACGUCCAGAGUUGUAAGUUUUUGUGGACUAAUGUGAAAUGAUGUGGACCAGACAACAGCAGCCGCCUUUCUGCAAUGUGAUCAAGUCAACACCAGCAUCAUAUUCAGAAAGCCCAAAAAAUAUUUGAACUUUACCUUUGAGCCACAGGCCAAAAAAAAUCAUUUAUGAACUUCUGAAGCAUAAGAAAAAGGUGCAGAAGAGGAGUCUCUGCUGCUGACCCACAAGCUGGAACAACUUUUCCAAGCAGACAGUAACACCAGCCAGGCAGUGGACGGGGACUUCAGCUGCACCUGCUUUGGCUGUGACUCAUCACAAAGGAAAGAUGUAAAAAGGAAAAAAAAAAAAAAAAAUUCCAAAAACCAGCUGCACUUUAAACCCUACACGAAUCCCCAGCUGUGAUGAAACUCCUCUCUGUGAUGAUUCCCACUGAUGUGGAUUCUGUUGCAAAGCGAGAUCGAAGUGAAUCACAGAUGUAGGACAAAAUCCUCUCCGACAUGACAUCGCCAAACCAUUAUAGAUGUAAAUUUUUUUUUUUUUAAUGGAAUGGCAUCCUUGGUUACUUUCAUUUUAAAUGUGUGACAACCUUCUGUUCAUUUUUUUUAAUGUGUUGAAACACGUUUAGUCAUCAAAUAAUCUAUUUUCAUUCAUCCAAAUGUAUCACUGUAAUCGAUGCUCAGAAGGAUAUUAUGUGCAUAUCCGAUAUUAAGCGGGUCAUUCCAUGAAAAGUAAUCAGUUCUGCCCACCUGAACCCAUCAGAACCAGCAGAUAUUUUUGUAUGAAAAAGUUUAGCAUGCAGAUUUAUACUAUACAAACUUCAUACUAUGAAUAUUUUCCAAAUUAUAGGAACUCAAAGUACAUAGGGGUGAGUCCAAAUUUUGCACUUUUUAAUUUGAUUUUUUUCCAGCAUUUUUGAGAUCUCACAACUUUCUCACAAUUACAGGAGACAGCUACAUGAAGUUGUCAGGCCUCCAAAAAAAAAAAAAAAGCCCUGCAAAAUAAUCUUUUCCAAGUGUGAAACUCUAAGGCAGAAAACCUGAAGUUUUGACUUUUAGCCUGCAGACGGGCCUGGAUCACUGAGGGCUCAGUGGAGCAGUGGUCACUGGUGUCACAGCACUUGGAUGCUUCCCACUAAAGUCUAGUAAAGUGAAUACGCCAGAAGAAAACUGUCACAAGCUGAACAGGCAAUGAAGCAAUAACAAAGAUUAUAUAGAACAUCUUGACACCAGUGUUGGUUCUCCAUUUCAUAACUGUAAGCUAUAUUUGCAAGUGUUAAAACUAUAAAACUAUGACUAUCUUUAAAAAAAUGUAUUUUGAUACAGAAGGAAGAAAGCCUUGAAGAUGAGCCUGGUAUCAAAAUGUAGGGGGAAAGGAGAACUUUGAUGUGUUAUAGCCUGUUUUGGAGAAAGCCAGAGAGAACCCACUCAAGCACGGGGAGAACAUGCAAACGCUACACAAACUUUAUCUCAUGGUACGGAUGCUUAAAGUUAGUUAUAGAAAAAAAAUUAUGCAGCGUAAAUACGAGAUAUUCGCCUUAGAUCGUGACAGCAAGUGCAAUAUUGAUGUUCCAGCACUUUGUAUUUGAACUCCAUUUCGCAACUGUCUCUUUUACUUAAGUUAUAAGGACUCAAACAUUUUGGAAAAAAUAACAUUAAAAAGCACAGAAUUUUAGCAAACCACUUAUGUAAUUUGCACCUUUUAACACUUAUGGUAUAAAUGUAAUAUUUUGCAUGCUUUCCUUUAAAUAAAAAUAUUGUACCAAACAAUACCUUGCUUCAGACGGGGUUGGGUGGGUCAACUUUAUAUGGAAUGACCCAGUCUGACUACAGUAGAGUCACUGCAGCUACCUUGCUGACAGCACAGCACUGUAAAUCAGUCCUGAUAUGAUCAACAUCACAAAGUAACACAUUUACUGAUGGGGAACAGUUGUGCCAUUUGAGUCCGUUUUGAUACACUGUAGUUCAACUAAACCCAUAUUUUUAUAUAUAUAUAUAUAUAUAUAUAUAUAUACUAUAUGUACUUUUUGUCCCUUUCUGUCUAAAGCUGAAAAUUACAGUAUGUACAUAUUUUAUGGUCAGAAUUGUAAUUUCACUUACUAAUAUAUAGAAAACUAUCACAACUGGGGGUCUUCUGUGUCUCUGUAGAAUGCUUGCUAUGUUGAUGCUCUUGUAAUUCAUUGUGUUGUCUAUUUUUGUAGAUGUUUUCAUAAAGCUAACCUUUUCAAAUAAAUCAG